AUGAACCGUCUUAAUUCUUAUUUGAAGGUUUAUAAGCCUUGUUUUUCGUUACUUCCAUUAUCAAGAACUUCAAAGACAACAUACAAUUUUCAUAAUUCGCGGAGCAAUUCUUUUGGUUUUAGGCUAUUUGCUAAUGUAACUGCCGAUAAUGUUGAAACUAUUGACCCUGCGGAUUUAUCUCGUCUGCGACAACUUCGUAACAUUGGUAUAAGCGCCCAUAUUGAUUCCGGAAAAACAACACUUACCGAAAGAGUUCUUUAUUAUACCGGAAGAAUAAAAGCAAUUCACGAAGUUCGUGGUAAAGAUGGAGAAGGCGCUAAAAUGGAUAGCAUGGAAUUAGAACGUGAACGAGGGAUUACAAUUCAAUCUGCAGCUACGUAUUGUAAUUGGAAUUGGGAAUCUCACGGAAAUUAUAAUAUCAAUAUCAUUGAUACACCAGGGCACGUGGACUUCACUAUUGAAGUAGAACGCGCUCUUAGAGUUUUGGAUGGUGCUGUUUUAGUAUUAUGUGGAGUUUCUGGAGUUCAGAGCCAAACUAUCACCGUGGAUCGUCAAAUGCGUCGCUAUAACGUUCCUCGUAUAUCUUUUAUUAACAAGUUGGAUCGUGUUGGUGCGAACCCUUUUUCAAUCAUUGAACAAAUCAGACAAAAACUAAAAAUUACAGCUGCCGCUGUACAAAUUCCAAUUGGUCUUGAAGAUAAUCUUAAAGGUGUUGUUGAUUUAAUUAAAUGGAAGGCCUAUUAUAAUGAAGGCAACCGCGGUGUUAAGGUAAUAGAAAAAGAAAUUCCGGAAGGAUUAAUUAAAUUAGCCUCCGAAAAACGUCAAGAAUUAAUUGAAAAUUUAGCUGAUGUGGAUGAUCAAAUUGCCGAUAUAUUUUUAUCGGAAGGUACUCCCACUUCUCAACAAUUAAUGGAUGCCGUACGUCGUUCAACCGUUGCAAACAAAUUUUCCCCAGUUCUUAUGGGUUCAGCAUUUAAGAAUACCGGUGUUCAGAAAGUUCUUGAUGCCGUUUGUGCAUUCUUACCUAACCCUUCCGAAGUUCAUAAUACUGCACUUGAUUUAAAUCAAAAAGAGGCAAAAGUUGAUCUCCUCCCAUAUUCUAAAAAUCCUUUUGUUGGUUUGGCGUUUAAAUUGGAAGAUGGAAAAUAUGGUCAAUUAACUUAUAUCAGAGUUUAUCAGGGUGCUCUGAAAAGAGGUUCGUUUGUAAUUAAUUCAAGAACCUUAAAAAAAGUUAAAGUUCCAAGGCUCGUUCGUAUGCAUUCCAAUGAAAUGGAGGAUGUUGAAGAAGUUGGUGCUGGAGAAAUUUGUGCUUUGUUUGGUGUAGAUUGUUCUUCUGGGGAUACAUUUACUGAUGGAGUUCUAAGUUAUUCAAUGACAUCCAUGUUUGUACCAGAUUCUGUGAUAUCAUUGUCACUUUCACCAAAGGUUAAAGAUACUACCAAUUUUUCAAAAGCUUUAGGUAAAUUUCAGAAGGAAGAUCCUACGUUUCGAGUUUCUUAUGAUGUCGAAAGUAAAGAAACUAUUAUAUCAGGAAUGGGUGAAUUACAUUUAGACAUUUAUGUUGAACGUAUGCGAAGAGAGUAUAAUGUCGAUUGUGUUACUGGAAAACCACAAGUUGCUUUCCGUGAGACUAUAAUGUCUAAGGCGAAAUUUGAAUAUACACAUAAGAAACAAACAGGUGGUGCAGGUCAAUAUGGUAAAGUUAUUGGAUAUAUUGAACCACUGAUUGUGGAAGAGGAUGAGGAACCACUUCCAAUUUUUGAAAGUCGAGUUGUUGGUGGACAUAUUCCUUCCAAUUAUAUUCCAGCUGUUGAAAAAGGUUUCUUAGAUGGAUUGGGAAAAGGAACUUUAAUUGGUCAUCCCGUAAAGAAUGUUCGGUUUGUUCUGGAAGAUGGUACAUAUCAUGCUGUAGAUUCUUCCGAACUUGCAUUUCGUCUUGCCGCACUAUAUGCAUUCAGGGAAGCAUUUCUUAGGGCAAAACCUGUAAUUUUAGAACCUAUAAUGAAUGUAUCUAUCAUGGCACCACUUGAAUUUCAAGGAGCAGUAAUAGGAAACUUGAAUAAACGAAAAGGUACCAUUGUAAACACUGAAGUUCAAGAUGAUCUUUUUGUGGCAAAUGCGGAAGUUUCUUUGAAUAAUAUGUUUGGAUAUUCAUCAGAUUUAAGAAGUCUUACACAGGGUAAAGGAGAAUUCUCUAUGGAAUACAAGACUCAUCAACCUGUCAUGCCUUAUAUUCAAGAAGAAUUAAUGGCCGAAUAUAAAAAGAAAAUGGCCGAGAAAAAAUAG